AUGGCGGGCGGCGCGGGCUGGGCGGGCGCCCCCGCGGCUCUGCUGCGCUCCGUGCGCCGCCUGCGCGAGGUGUUCGAGGUGUGCGGCCGCGACCCCGACGGCCUCCUGCGCGUGGAGCGCGUCGCGGCGCUCGGACUGCGCUUCGGCCAGGGCGAGGAGGUGGAAAAACUUGUGAAAUAUUUGGAUCCCAACCACCUGGGGAGAAUCAACUUCAAGGACUUUUGCCGAGGGGUGUUCGCCAUGAAAGGCUGUGAGGAGCUACUGAAGGACGUGCUGUCCGUGGAGAGCGCCGGGACGCUGCCCUGUGCACCCGAGAUCCCAGACUGCGUGGAGCAGGGCAGUGAGGUGCCAGACCCCACCUUUGCUGAUGGCGAGCUCCUCCCCAGGGAGCCUGGCUUCUUUCCCGACGAGGAGGAGGCUAUGUCUCUGGCCCCACCCGAGGGCCCCCCGGAGUCAGACAUGGAUAGCCCCAUGGACGGCACCCAGAGCUUGGAGGGGUUGGUCGGGAAUCCUGCCGAGGAGAAAGAUGGGGGCCUCAGGGGCCUGUUCCUGCCAGAGGACAAGUCCCUGGUCCACACUCCGUCCAUGACAACGUCCGACCUCUCCACACACUCCACCACCUCACUCAUCAGCAACGAGGAGCAGUUUGAAGAUUAUGGGGAGGGGGAUGACGUGGACUGUGCCCCCAGCAGCCCCUGCCCCGAUGACGAGACCAGGACCAACGUCUACUCGGACCUGGGGUCUUCAGUGUCUUCCAGCGCGGGGCAGACCCCUAGGAAGAUGCGGCACGUGUACAACAGCGAACUGCUGGACGUUUACUGUUCCCAGUGCUGCAAGAAGAUCAACCUGCUGAACGACCUGGAGGCCCGACUGAAAAACCUGAAGGCCAACAGCCCCAACCGAAAGAUCUCCAGCACGGCCUUUGGACGGCAGCUCAUGCACAGCAGCAACUUUAGCAGCAGUAAUGGCAGCACUGAGGACCUGUUCCGGGACAGCAUUGACUCCUGUGACAAUGACAUCACGGAGAAGGUGAGCUUCCUGGAAAAAAAGGUGACAGAGCUGGAGAAUGACAGCCUGACCAAUGGGGACCUGAAGAGCAAGCUGAAGCAGGAGAACACCCAGCUAGUGCACAGGGUGCACGAGCUGGAGGAGAUGGUGAAGGAUCAGGAGACCAUGGCCGAGCAGGCGCUGGAGGAGGAGGCGCGGCGGCACCGUGAGGCCUACAGCAAGCUGGAGCGCGAGAAGAGCACCGAGAUCGAGCUGCUCAACACCAGAGUGCAGCAAUUAGAGGAAGAAAAUACCGAGCUUAGAACGACAGUGACUCGGCUCAAGUCGCAAACAGAGAAACUGGAUGAGGAGCGGCAGCGCAUGUCCGACCGUUUGGAGGACACCAGCCUGCGGCUCAAGGACGAGAUGGACCUGUACAAGCGCAUGAUGGACAAGCUGCGGCAGAACCGCCUCGAGUUCCAAAAGGAACGGGAGGCCACGCAGGAGCUCAUUGAAGACCUGCGGAAGGAGCUGGAGCAUCUGCAGAUGUACAAGCUGGACUGCGAGCGGCCGGGCAGGGGCCGCAGCUCAUCCUCUGGUCUGGGCGAGUUCAAUGCCAGGGCCCGCGAGGUGGAGCUGGAGCAUGAAGUCAAGCGGCUCAAGCAGGAGAAUCAUAAGCUGCGGGAUCAGAACGACGACUUGAACGGACAGAUCUUGAGUCUGAGCCUCUACGAAGCCAAGAACCUCUUCGCCACUCAGACCAAAGCCCAGUGUCUGGCUGCGGAAAUAGACACAGCGUCUCGCGAUGAGCUCAUGGAAGCCCUGAAGGAGCAGGAGGAGAUCAACUUCCGGCUGAGGCAGUACAUGGACAAGAUUAUCCUCGCCAUCCUGGACCACAACCCCUCCAUCCUCGAGAUCAAACACUGAGACAAGGGGGCCAGCUGCAGAGUGGCCUCAGGACCCCCAGACCCCUCCCGGACCCCAGGACCAAGGGGCACACCCUGCCUGCGGAUGUGGCCCAGGCCGGGCCUCACGCGCACACUGUAAACGUAUCUCUAGCCACCGUGUAACGUGUACUGGUGUGUAUGUGGGGAGGCCUUGCACACAGCAAGGGGUGAGCAUGGUGCCGUGGCUGUAGGGGACGUCUGCACGGUUCGCUGUCCAUGCACUUUGUGGUCCCUUUGCAGGGGGCAGAGGGUCCUGGAGAUGGGAGGGAGCCAGGUGUGCUAUCAGGAGUUACUGUAAUAACAAGAACUGGAAGCGUGUGUUUCAGAUACUGGAUAAAAUGAUUCUACCUCUGGGGACAAGGAUUAAGAAAUACUCUCGUGCAACAGGCUCUUGCACCCCACCCCUCUUUCCCCGGGACUGGAAGCAAAAUUAUGAUCUUUUCCAGGAGUUCGAAUGCCCAACAGCUGUGUUCCCGCUGACCUCUUUGGCCCCCUUUCAAGCCCAGGUGCUCAAGCUCAGAGAGGAGGCAGCGGCCCUCGGGAGCGCCCUCCAGGCCGACAGCCCCUGCGAUGCUUGUGCACAGUGUGUCCAAAGGACCCGGGCUUGCACAGGCACCAGCACGGGGUGGCCUUCAUUCCAAGAGUUCUGGUGUUUUCAGAGUUCUCUGUACACUUCCCCAUCCCUGCUUACCUACCUCUCCCUUUCUGGUUUUGUUUUGUUUUGUUUUUAAGACAAUGAAAAAUAUGCAGCAUUCCCUUGGGUGUAAAAUGAAGGGAUGAAAAGGAAGGAGAAGGGGGUCGGGGGAUGGGGGUGUCUAAGGCACGUGUGGCAUUGGGCAACCAAAGACUCGAUUUGGGGGAGGAGCACACGCACAUCCCGGCCCUCCUUUCCCAUGGCUGCAUUUGAAGAGAAGCGCCGAUGGAGAUGGACCGUGCUGAGGGUUUCCUCGGGCUGGGAGCGGGCCUUGCUCAGCAGCCACUGUUCUCUGUGCAGCCUGCUUACGGCCCGCCUCCAGGUUGGGUGUUCAGAAUGGGAGCUAGGCUUGGCUCUGCUCGGCAGCGAGGCCCCCGCAUUCCAACUUUCAGGAAGACUCCUGUAUCCCAGCCAGGGCAACAAGCACUGUGCUGGUGGGAGACACGGGAGGACGUUGCAGGAAAACCUGAGUCUUCCAUCCUGGUGACGUCCACUCUGGAUUUUUAAUACGAUCUUUUGUUCCAGGCAGCUGGGAGUAGAUAUGGUACUUUCCUUUCCGUUUUCCAGUUUGUUUCAAUUUUAUGUGGCUUGGGAUUCGUUUCCUUACUCCAGAUGUAUACAAAUUUCUGUGGUCUUAUUUUUUUCCCCCUGCAAGUUUCUUGUUUUCUUCAGCACUUGCAGCGUAAAAAGGAAAGUCAGGGCAUGUUGGGGAGGGGUGUGGAGGGGCGUAGGCAGAGGAGAGAGGGCCGCAGAGCGUGACGAGGGGCUCCAGAACUCAGGUGUGUCCCCUGCUCACAAAGGUGGCGCUGUGGCCAGGACCGCUCUUCACCCCACUCCAGUCAGCUGCGCGUGGGUGGGAUUUCGUGAUUUCUUUUUAAGCAUAUGAGUGGGAUUUGUUUCAUGCUGCACGUAAUGGGACCGCACUGGUCUGAGCCUGGACUUGGGGCCACCCACAGCACGAAGACUAGGGCAGGGGUCAGUCUUCUGGGAGUCUCAGCUCCUCAGGACACUGGCCUCCCUGGGCUCCCCCGAGGGUCUGAGAAGAGGCGGCCGUGGAGAGAGGGCAUGAGGAGGGGGUCUAUUGGGAAUUUGCUCAUAGGAAGGAAUGGCCACGAAUUAGAGGAAAGGAAGGAGGACGAAUCAGGAUGUGACUAGGGCCUGGGUUUUACAUCGGAAGGAGUCCUGCAGGGAGGCCAGCCAGACCCGGGGCCCGGCCCGUGGGGGCUCGUCCCAGCCACGGGCGUUGUAGAUGGAAAGCUUUACAUGCUCUUUAGCUGCCCUGAUGGGGAAUUCAGGCCGCAGAGUCACAACAUAGGAAGGAAUUUCUGCCGUGGGGAGAGGGGCGGCAGACGCUGUCAGCCCUGAGGGGGCGCCGUGGGGACAGACUCCAGAGGAGGCCUCUGGGGACCGGUGCAGUGCGUGGGGUCUCUGGAAGAGGGCUGACUUUAACAUGGGACUGAAUUCCGUGUUGCACACACUUCAAGUUAAACCCAACCUUCUUUCUUCAGCCGAAAUACAUCUUAUAAAGCCUAGCCUGUCAAAUUGGCUUUUUAAGAUCAUGUCGCUUUUUCAAAUGCCUUUCGAUGUGGAAAGCUAGCCUGAGGGGGGCCGAAGCCCCGGUCCCAGGCCACAGCCCCUGGGCAGGUUCCCGAGCUGUACUGACUCUGGGUGCAGGGAGGGCCGGCCCUUCUCACUUCCCUUGUUCUCUGCCUCCUCCAUUUGAGAUUUCUACCCUUUUCUCUUAGUAGUGGGGCUGCUGGGUAGUAUCCAGGAUCCCCAGGGAAAUUUGAAUUUCAGGUAGACAGCAAGCAAUUUUAGCAGAAGUCUGUUCCGUGCGAUACUUGGGACAUAUUUCAAAUGGAGAGAUUUUUUAAAUUCUGAUAACUGGGCCUAAUCCCCAGAGGUUGUGAUUUCACUGGUGUGGGCUGUGGCCCAGGCAUCAGAAUUUUUUAAGGUCUCCCAGGUGACUAUAACUUAACUGGGUGUCCGACGUGGGUUUUGUUUUUUCUUUUUGCUCAACCUGGCACCUCUCCCAAAUAGGAGUCAGCAGUAACUUGUCUGAGGUUUAGAGGUGUUUCGUGGGGCCUGGGCACGGGGUCCUGCAGCAGACUCACAUUUUACAUGACACGGGGCUCUCCUUGCAUUCAGUCGGAAGCCUAACAGAAUUCACUGAGCCAGCGAGUGAGUUUUAUAUACGGCAUCUACUAGCAAAGGGAGCACUUUCUGUUUUAGCCAGGCCCUAUUCCAUGGGAAGGCCUAAGAAAUAAAGUUCUAGUAAAAAAAAA